AUGUAUUUUGCUAGAAAGAACAUCAACGACGACGAAACUUCAUCUAACUCGUCAUCAAUGCAGAAUGGAGGAAACCGGUGGUUGUUAAACGAUGAGAACCUAGGCCUAAUGCGUCAUGGAACGGAUGAUAAUGAUCAGCCUGUGUUCAACGACAUUCGGAUUGACCUUCGCGGAGCUGGCGGUGCUGGAUUAAACAGCAACCCAACGUACUACGGAAAUCGAUAUCCAACAGACAAUGAUCAACGUUCUCAAGGUUCCAUUCCGAGUCGUGUAUCGAGAUACUCCGAAUAUCCUCAGGUUCGACCGACGAAUCCACUAUAUUCAAGCCAAUCGACUAUUCGAACGCAGGGUUCACAGCCACAUGCAAAUGGUGCGGUAAGCUCGAAAAGUUCAGCAACAUUAGUGAACCGCCGUCAGAAAUUCGAUCCACAAGCGCCACGUCGCCCAUCCGAUUGGAGAUGGUUGGCAAUAUUAUGUAUCAUUCUAUUUUUUCCAUUAGGUCUAUUCGCAUUUGCAUUCGCUCGUAAAGCGCAAAAUAAAUUUCGUGAUGGUUUUGUUAUAGAAUCACACACACUUAACAAACGCGCUCUGGUUCUUUGUAUCAUAUCUAUUCUUUGCGGGAUUGCUUUGAUCAUUGGUUUACUCUUCGGUUUCGACGCCUGGCCACGAACAAAUGGUUAA